ACUGCCACGUGGAAGAGAGAAGAGAGGAGAGAGAAAUAUAACUAUAUAUGUAGUGUGUGUUAUGUAGAGAGACCAAAUGGCCACUCGUUUAGCUUUUGCUCACUCUGUAUGCACAGUUCAAUUCCCUCUUCUUCUUCUCACAACCAAAUCUUCUUCUUCUACAAUCAGAACCACUUCCAUUACACUCUCCACUUCCAUUAAGAUGCAAGGAAAUGAGAUAACCGUGGAAGAAGCUUCUUCUUCUUCUACCAUUAGAAAGAAGAAAAUUUUCGUAGCUGGGGCUACUGGUAGCACUGGUAAACGAAUUGUUGAACAGCUUUUGGCUAAAGGCUUUUCUGUCAAAGCUGGGGUUAGGGACUUGGAUAAGGCUAAAACAACCAUUUUUAAGGAUAACCCAGAUCUUCAAUUUGUUAAAGCUGAUGUAACAGAUGGUUCUGAUAAGCUUGCUGAAGUGAUAGAUGAAGAUUCAGAUGCUGUAAUUUGUGCUACCGGGUUUCGACCAGGCUGGGAUUUGUUUGCUCCAUGGAAGGUGGAUAAUUUUGGCACAGUGAACCUUGUUGAAGCUUGCCGUAAACGAAAUAUAAACAGAUUUAUUCUCAUUAGCUCCAUUUUAGUCAAUGGAGCUGCAAUGGGCCAAAUACUUAAUCCUGCUUACAUAUUUCUAAAUGUCUUUGGACUCACCUUAGUAGCCAAGCUUCAGGCCGAGCAGCACAUCAGGAAAUCUGGAAUAAACUACACGAUCAUAAGGCCGGGCGGGUUGAAAAAUGACCCUCCAAGUGGGAAUGUUGUGAUGGAGCCAGAGGACACUCUUUCUUCAGGCAGCAUAUCCAGAGAUCAGGUUGCAGAAGUUGCUGUUGAGGCAUUAAUACAUCCCGAAGCAAACUACAAAGUCGUGGAGAUUGUUGCACGCGAUGAUGCUCCCAAGCGUUCUUAUGAGGAUCUUUUCGGUUCCAUAAAGCAGCGGUAAUCUAAUGUUUUGUCUUUAAAUUCCAAACUUGGUUUUGGGCAGAGGAGUAUUUUGAAAAUCUUAGUGUUGCUUGUUCUCUACUUUGUACCAUUAUUUUGGCAUAUGAUGUAUAUCAUACUUCCAGAAAAAUAUAAGCUUGGGAAGCUUUUUUAUAUUGAUUAAAAGCUAGCCAAUUUGGUACUAAAUUGCCAAAAAAAAUAUGGAGAAAACCGUAAGAUUUUUUUCUUCUUCAUUUAAUCAUGGGUUAGUACUUAAUAUCAUUUUAGAUUUUGUGUUUUGCAAAA